AUGAAAAGCCAUCGAAAGGACAACAAAAGGCAUUCACUGAAUGCGUGCGAAGAAGAGGACGACGAAGAGCUGAUUGGAUCCGAUGACGACGAACAGGAAGACCCCAACGACUACGUGAAGGGAGGUUACCAUCCCGUGAAGAUCGGCGACGUCUUCAACAACCGCUAUUGUGUCGCCCGAAAGCUCGGAUGGGGACACUUCUCCACCGGAGGUUACCAUCCCGUGAAGAUCGGCGACGUCUUCAACAACCGCUAUUGUGUCGCCCGAAAGCUCGGAUGGGGACACUUCUCCACCGUUUGGCUCUCUUGGGAUCUCACCGACCGCCGCUUCGUUGCCCUCAAGUGUGUGAAGAGUGCAUCACAUUAUACGGAGACAGCCGUCGAUGAAAUCAAAUUACUUAAAAGUGUACGGGAAAGCGAUUCUGAGGAUCCCUACGGACACCGUGUGGUGCGGCUCUUGGAUGACUUCAAACUGAGUGGAGUGAACGGCAAUCACGUUUGUAUGGUGUUUGAAGUGUUGGGCUGUAAUCUAUUGAAACUCAUUAUCCGAUCUAAUUAUGACGGAAUACCUCUCAUAAACGUUAAGCGAAUCAUAAAACAAGUUUUGCAAGGGUUGGAGUAUUUGCACACCAAAUGUAAGAUAAUUCACACCGAUAUUAAACCCGAGAAUAUUCUACUGACGGUCGACGAGUCGUACGUCCGACGGCUGGCCAAUGAGGCCUAUCAGUGGCAGCAAAUGGGAGUCAAACUCCCGGGUUCUCUCAUUUCAAACGCUCCCAAAGAACUAUUGGGGCCUUCGAUGUCAUCGAAAAUGUCGCGAAACAAGAAGAAAAAGCUGAAAAAGAAGGCGAAAAAGUUGGCCGAAAUACGAGAGAUCCAAAUGCAACAAUUGGCUGAAGUAGAGCUCAGGGAACGGUCCUCACCCGUCGACGGCGACAGCCGUUCGUGUCCUCGAAUGGCCUACUAUUAUGACGACGGCUCGAUCGACGACGGCGUUCACCGAAACGGUUGCGAUCGCUUGACAGGUGUCGAGGAGGACGACGGGUCACCCGAUCAACCAAAUCAUGUCUCAUCAAUGAUAGCGUCUUCCGGUGCCGAAGUCUGUAACGGACAUCACUAUAGAUCGCACACCAGAAUUGCUGUUUCCGGAGACGAUAGCAUAAACAUGUGUCCAUCCAAUAGUGAGACUCGAAACCGUUUAGAGCGCUCUGAAAGCGCUUUAGUUACUAAUUGUCAAAAAUACAAAGAGUCGGGAAUGAGACGAGUGGCCAGUUGUUCCGAUCAACAAAGACUAAUAGAUCGCUCGCCCGAUCCCUCUCAUGAUAUUUGUGAUAUUGAUGUCAAGAUUGCAGAUCUUGGGAAUGCCUGUUGGGAGACUCAUCACUUCACAGAAGACAUCCAAACUCGUCAAUAUAGAUGUCUGGAAGUAAUACUCGGCGCCGGUUAUGGCACACCCGCUGACAUUUGGUCGACGGCUUGCAUGGCCUUCGAGUUGGCGACCGGAGACUAUCUCUUUGAACCUCAUUCUGCCGAAGAAUACUCCAGAGAUGACGACCAUUUGGCGCAUAUAAUCGAACUCUUGGGUCCCAUUCCUAAGAAUAUUGCGUUUACCGGUCGCUACUCCAGAGAGUUCUUCAAUAAGAGAGGCGAAUUGCGAAACAUUCACUCAUUGAAACCGUGGAGUCUAUGCGAAGUGUUGACCGAGAAGUACGACUGGAGUGUAUCGAAAGCGGAACAGUUCGCCGACUUUCUGUUACCGAUGUUAGAGUACGACCCCCUGAAGAGAGCCAAAGCUCGUGAUUGUCUGCUUCAUCCGUGGCUCGCGGACGUCGACACCGACUAUGCGUUAUAAUUCAUCUCAAACUGCAAACCAAAACACUUUGAAAGCACUUUUUCGGCGAACCGUAACUAAAAACACAAUUGUUAGCAAAUUCUUGUUUUCUAGAUACUAAUUACAAUUAAACUUCAAUUGCAUUUUAUUUUAACAAUUAUACAAAUAAUUUUUUAACUAAAUUUCUUUAUUCAUAAAAUAGUUCAUAAAAAGCAAAUACCGAUUCAGCGAUAGUUAGUUCACAUUUUAAAAUAGACAGUAAUAUCAAUGCUUUCAAUUUAAUUUAUCUUUUGUUUCUGUCUCUAUCUCUUUGUUCAUUAUUCUGCAG